AUGCACAAGAAUCCAUUCGGGCCGCAACCGACGUACACGCCGGCGCCUCAGCCGCCGCUACCCCCUGGCCCGCCGCCCCCGCCGAGUUCGCAACAGAGCUACGCGGCGGCCUACUGGGCGAACGCUGCAGCUCAGGGACAGCAGGCAGCACAUUAUAAUGGCCAAUGGACCGCUCCGACCACAUCACAGGGUGCGCCGACGGCACCGCCAGCGCCAGCAGCACCGGCUCAGGCCCAACCGACUGCCGACCAGGCCGCUCUCUACGCCAACUACGGCUACGGCCAGCAGUGGCACCAGCAGCAGCAACGCGCUGCCCAGGCACAGGUUCAUGCUCAGCCGCCGCCUCCGCCGGCCUACGCCCAGCCGCAACCGCCGCCGGCCCCUGCACAGUAUAAUCCCUAUCAACCAUAUCCUCAACAACCCUAUGUGCCGCCGGCUGCUCCUGCUGCCCCGCCGCCGCCUCCGCCGCCUAUGCAGCAACAGCCUUUUCCGGCGAGACAACAGUACUACCCCCAACAACCACCCCAACAGCCUCCCCAGCAGCCAAGACAUAAUGUUCAUCACACGCCGCCUCAGCAUAUGCCACCCGCAAAACGCCAGCGUUUCGACAGCGGCGCACGUCCACCGGGGCCCCCGCCGCCGCCGCCUCAACCUCAGUUUCAGCCGCCUCAGCCGCCGACUGGGCCAAUGAUGGCCCAAGGAAUGAACAGUGGUGGAUCAUUCGAUGCCGGCCGCGGUGGAGCGCCAGGACCCAUGGGACGCGGCGGCAGCAUGCAGAUGCGCGGCGCACCGCGCGGCCGAGGCGGGGGCCCAAUGAACAACAUGCGCGGAGGCGCUGGGCGUGGUCGCGGCGGCUCAUUCUCGCAACGCGGCGGCUCGCAGGGCGGCGGGUUUUCGAAACCGCAUGGCGGGCGUGGCAAUUUCGGCUCCAAAGACUUUGGGAACCGUCGAGGCGGCGGUUCGUUCAAUAACGGCUCGAACUUUAGCGGUCCUCAAGGGUUCCAAGGCGGCCAGCAUCACCACCAGAGCGGGCGCGACAACGCGUCGUUCCGCGGUCGUGCAAAUUUCCAGAAUUCUUCACAUCGUGGACGACAGGACGGUGGCUCAUUCACACAUCGCGAACGCGAGACUACUUCGACCUCGGCAAAUUAUGUGUCAUCCGGUGGCAGCAAGAAGGAGGAGAACCGUCGUACGCUGACCGAUUUCAAGAUUGUAGGUCUCGAGAUUCGCGAACUGGGUUGGACUUGGGGUGAUCUGCCCUCCGGCGCUACGUCUUCUGAUGAAGUCAAGGCUGAGGAGGGCGCCGACGUCUCGUCUGCUAGCGCACCGGCCACCUCGUCUGCUGAAGACGCGGCUGUGGAGGACCAGCUCGUCGCGAAGACUGAUGCGGCGGAUUCUGAGGCUGCGCCGUCCGGCGCCGAGACGUCGACGGCAGCACCGUCCGAAGAGACUCAUGCGGCGGACAGGUCUUCCAUUCUUGCUGGCUUCGCACAGCCGCCGUGCCGUAUGCGCCUCUAUUUCCAUUCGCCAGUGACUCCUGAAGAUGCGCGGCCGAUUCCGGCUGGCGCGGGCAUGGUUUUCGCUUCUGAAGACGGGGGUGCUCGCAAGGGCAAGCGCAAGAAGCUCGAGGAUGACGAUGGGGAUGAUGAACGGCGCGCCCCACCCCCGCCGCCUGGUGGCAUGCAUGAUCGCGAUCGCAGUGCGGAUAUGAUUGAUCGUGGCAGCGUCGCGCCAAGCGUGGCGGAGACGACCAGUGAGGGCGACUGGCUGAUGGCUGCGAUUGGAGAGGAUGCCGAUGCCGAUGCCGAUGCCGAUGCCGACGCUGAAGGCGAUACGGAUACCGAGUUGAAUGUUUCCGAGGCAUAUGAAGGCGCGCAUUUCGGGCGCACGGAGAGCGAGUCUCACGAGCGUGCGGACGGCGACCAUGGUGGUUCACAAGGUGGCAUGGGUACUCAGGAAGACGCGCAGACUGUUGAAAGUCUUGCCGCUCAUGAGCAGGCAGAUGCGCAUGUCGCCGAAGAGACCGCGCCUCCCGCUGAAAUUACUGCUGAACAGCACACAGCCGCCGCCUCUCCCGCCACAGAGCCUCCCCAAUCUGUCGUGUCUCCGUCUUCGCCCGUCCGUGCGCAGGCGAGCGCUGCAACGCCAUCACAUGAGAAUGCUGUUUCGGCUUCGGAGGUCGCUCCUGUCGAGGAUGCUCAAAGGACUGACCUGUCGCAUAGUAUAGACAAUCCGGGUCCUGCUACGCAAGCUGCGGAGGCUCUUCAAGACGGCGCCUUGGACGCUGCAGGCGACAUGUCGAUCGCUACAGAUGAUUCGAAUGGCACUCAAGUUGAGACGCAGCCGGACACGACAUAUGAAGGCAGCACGCUUGCUUCAUUCUCUGGUGCACCAAGCGCUACACCUCCUGUGGCGACUUACGGCGAGCUGAACCAGUUGCCACUUCCCUCCAAGGAAGAUACUGGCUUGCGCACGCCCUCGGCGAACCGCGUAUCAAUAUCCUACGCCUCCGGCACGAAACGCCUGGUCAUCGACGCCGAAGUUGUGACCAAACUCAGGCUUUACCGCGCCGAAGGGCGCAUAGAGAUAGCCAUGAAGCUCGAGCGUCUGGAUGCUUUGGAGCUCCGCGGAAUCCUUGUGGAGACCCUAUCUGAGACAACUAAGUUGUUCGCGCCAAUCGAAAUCCUCACGCCUGCUGCUGAGUCCGAUGUUACUGUGCCGCCUUUCUCAAAGGUCGAACUGCCAUCCGAUAUCACGCUGCGUGUUCACCUAGACACGGAUCGUCCGCUCUCGGAGCCUCGAUGGGCCAGAACGGGCGAUAUUUACGAGUGGCUCAAAAGCCUUCUCGGUGGGCGAUUCUGGGUUGCGGGCGAUGCGUCAAGUCGUUGGGAGUCUAAGAUCGAGGUCAUGGACCCGGACCCAGCACCUACUAUCUGGACUGUUCUUGACCAAUGGGCCGGCAUGUCAACGGUCGGCUCACAGACGGAGCGCCAGCGCUUUGUGAAGACCCACCUCAGCGAACCGGAGAACCUGCUGGAGAUCCUUUUGCGGCUUGUGCGCGGCGAGCGUGCGACGGCUUUCUCCGCCGCAGCCCCCGCGAUCUCGGCGCCCAGUGUGUCCGGACCGCUGCUGACAGCGCUCAAUAGCGCAUCGGCGCAUGGCGCACAGCAGACGCACGUCUCGCUCGCGGUCCUGGCCAUGUUCCGCUUAACGAUCGAAUUCGCAGAGCGUGCGAAUGAAACCAAGGGCAAGGCUGAAGCCGAGGAACGCGUCGGGGAGAUUCUCCGGUGCCUACCCACGCAUCUCUUGUACAAGAGUUUGGAGGGAAUCUUCAAAGAGUGGAAGGCGGAGACCAAGCGCAGCGGCCGUUGA